UUUUGAUUUUGAUUUUGAUUCCUAAACCCAAAACCCAAAGAGAGUGAGUAGCAGCAGCAACAGAAACACACACACUUCACACCCUCACAACACAAAAUCAAUUACCUCUCUUUCAUUUUCUUCUUCUCUAUUACGCUCCUAUCUGCAAACAAGGUUUCUUUCUGCUAUUUCAAUUCUAACACAGAUAGAGGAUUGAUUUGAUAGGAAGAAAAGUAUUCUAUUGUAAUGGCUGAAGAAAUGGAUAAAACUGUUGAUGAUUAUGAACAAGUAGUACAGGAGGAGGAAAAAGAUUGUCAUUACAAGAGAAAAUCAGAUGAGCCUUCUAUGGAUCCAGAUAGUCCCAUUUCAUAUGUCGAUGAUGACUUCCCUCCCUAUGAAUUUUCAAUUCCGCCAAGCUUUAAUGAUAUUGAUUCAUUCGAAUUAGGGUUCGAUUAUGAAACACAGGAGGACGAUUUGAACGAGGUUGAGGAUUGGAGUGAUCCUAUGGCAACUCAGCUUGAGGAGUUACUCAUGGCUAAUUUGGAUGCCAUUUUCAGUAAUGCAAUAAAAAAGGUUGUUGAAUCCGGCUACACUCAAGAAAGAGCUGAAACUGCCAUUUCGAGGAAGGCUAUAUACUCUGAAGGAGACCCUCUUACAAAUAUUGUAUACCACACAAUCAAUGUUUUGAAGGGAAAAGGAAAUGAUUCUACCUUCGAUGUUGCAUUUCAAAAUGUUAAGCAGUUGCUGCAUUAUACCAUGGUAGAGAUGAUUGGUAUACUUUGUGAACUAAGACCCUCACUAACAGUAACUGAAGCAAUGUGGGAGUUGCUGAUACAUGACUUGAGUAUUCCGCGGGCCAUUGCAGCGCAUGAUAAACUCAGUGAUGAUGUUUCUAAGGGGGAAACAUCUGCCAAUUCUGCGGUUCCGCUAUCAAAGUCAGAGGUUAAAAGCUGUGAUAAAACUCCAGAUUGCAGCUCAUCAACUGGCCAAAAGGGCUCCCAGGAAUGUAAAUCAGGACCUAAUUCUAAGGUGAAUAGUAGAAAAGAACUCGCAUUAGCACUUAGGCAGAAGUUCCUUCAUAUGGAGAAAACUAAAGCUUGUGGAAAAGGGGGUGUUAAAUUAGGGAAGCUUACAGCCGUAGGUGGUUUGAUUGUUGAAAAAAGACUCAAGCCGCCAUCUGAAACUCCAAAUCAGAAAAUGAAACGUGGUUCCUCAAAUGCAAAGGGAGUUAAGAUAGCAGAAGGAGUGUGCCAUGUUUUAACCAAUGAUGCUUCAGUUUUAACUAAAGGAGGUAGCGCCACAAAAUUGCCCAGAAAGGAUGCAAUGUCCACUUCUUCUACAGGGAAAACAACCAAAGCAAAAAAUAAGCUAUGCUCCCCUGACAUUCAAAAGAUUCAUGAUUACCGUGCUGGUAUUCCUUUUGAUGAGGUUUCGGGCACAUAUGUCCCACGGGAUGAGAAGGAAGAACAAAUUUUGAAAUUAGUAUCUCGAGUGCAAGAAUUGCAAGAUGAGCUACAAAGCUGGAGCGACUGGACGAAUAAGAAGGUUAUGCAGGUAGCUGACAAACUUCGCAAGCUGCAGGCUGAAUCUAAAUCGCUGAAGAAAGAAACUGAAGCGUAUAGAAAAGAUAGGAAAACUUUGGAGGAGAAUACUGAGAAGAGGAUCUCUGAAAUGGAGAAUGCCAUCGAUACUACUAAAAAGCAACUUGAGAGUGCUGCUGCUGCCACUCUCGUGCUACAGGAAAAAAAGUCCUUGCUAAAGAAGGAGUUGGAUGCUGCUAAGUCGUGGGCUGUAAAGUCAAUGGCAAGCCAUCAAGAAGCACUGGAGAGAGAACAGGUAGCUGUUAAACAGGCCCAGUCAUGGGAAACAGAGAAGGCCUUGCUUCGAGAUGAGCUUGAGAAUGAGAAGCAGAAAUUGUGUAACCUGCAAGAGGAGAUUGACAAGGGGAAAGAUCAUCUAGCCUAUGCUGAGGGUAGACUAAAAAAGGAGAGAGCUACAACAGAAAGUAUCCUUGCACAGGCUGCAUCCAUUAGAAAAGAAAGAGAACAAUAUGAAACACUCGUGAAAUCUGAAGAGGAUGCCCUUAGAAAGAAGGCAGCUAGUGAUCUGCAGGAAUAUGUACAAAGCAUGGUUAAGAUAGAGAAGGAGAUGGCUAUGCUAAGACUAAAAUCUGAUUCCAAAAAAGCUACCCCAUCUGUGAAAGACGACAAGGAAUCUGAGACGUUGGCGAUGGGGAGCCUGCAAGUCGUGGGGAGCUGUCAAGUCGUAGGAAGUUGUCAAGACCAACCGGCUGGUGAAAGUUUGAGGCGAGAGCAGGAGUGUGUCAUGUGCCUGUCAGAGGAGAGGUCGGUUGUUUUUCUGCCAUGUGCACAUCAGGUGUUGUGUCCAAAAUGCAAUGACUGCCAUGAGAAGCAAGGGAUGAAAGACUGCCCUUCAUGCAGGACAUCAAUCGAGUUUAGGAUUCAUGCUAAAUUUCUUGGGCAUUAGAUAUAUGGACUUUUCGUAGUGGAUGAGAAUCGUGAAGAAGCAUUGCAGUUAGUUCAGAGGAUUCUCCAAGGAGAUUCAUUUGAAGUUCAUUUAGAUCAUUAUGGCAUUCCCCUAUCCCCACAACAUUUUACUUUUUAAGAUAUUUUUUUUAGACUGAUUCGGUUCCUAGUCGGUAUCCAUCCAUCCCCCUUUACCCCAAAAUAGGAAAUAAAACAGAAAGAGAAACAGCAUAGACAAAGAAAUAACUGUCCUUAGAGACAGUUAUGUGUAAAUUUCAUUACAGUGAAUUUCAAUAGCACAGAGAAACUUGACGAAUUUGGGUCUUCUA